AUGCAGCACAACAGCAGCGGUGCUUUAUCUGCACUCGGCUCUGGAGUCUGUGAACUCGGACUGGAUGACGGCGGUGACCCGUGGAACCGUAGUGCAGGGACCCAGCGGAACCUCUCUCUUUACUGCUGGUUGCAGCUGCUGACCAAAGAAACCAUGCCGGAGCUUUACGGGGACAGCUCGAGCAUGGCUCUGCGUGUAAUCAUCGCCCUCAUCUACCUCAUCGUGUGCGCUCUGGGGCUGGUGGGCAACUUGUUGGCGCUGUACCUGCUUCAGUCACGUCACCGGCUCAAGCAGUCAUCUAUAAACUGUUUUGUCAUGAGUUUGGCCAUAACAGACUUGCAAUUUGUCCUAACGCUGCCGUUUUGGGCAGUGGAUACAGCGCUGGACUUCCGCUGGCCGUUCGGAAAGGUCAUGUGCAAGAUUAUCAGCUCGGUCACAACCAUGAACAUGUACGCCAGCGUCUUCUUUCUUACAGCUAUGAGUGUCACACGAUACUGCUCGUUGACGUCGUCUUUGCGCAUGCACAGCCCCAAGACGGCGUCGGCCGAGGUGAAGUGGGCGAGUGUGGCCAUCUGGCUGGUAUCUCUCAUCGCCACGCUGCCUCAUGCCGUCUACUCCACCACAGCGCAGGUGUCAGACGAUGAACUCUGCCUUGUACGCUUCUCGGAUUUAGGAAGCUGGGACCCACAACUUUUGCUGGGACUUUAUCAAACACAAAAGGUCCUCCUGGGCUUUGUCAUACCGCUGAUUAUUAUAAGCGUUUGUUACUUGUUGCUGCUGCGAUUCGUCUUGCAGCGCCGAGUCAGCGGACUCCCUGGGUCAGACAGCGAACGUGGGAGGCACAAACGUCGAUCCAAGGUUACCAGAUCGGUCACCAUUGUCGUCUUAUCGUUCUUCCUUUGUUGGCUGCCAAACCAGGCACUGACACUCUGGGGGGUCUUGAUUAAGUUUGACCUGGUGCCUUUUAGCAAGGCUUUCUACAAUGCCCAGGCCUAUGCCUUCCCCAUAACGGUGUGCCUGGCACACACUAAUAGCUGCCUCAAUCCGGUGCUUUACUGCCUCAUCAGGCAGGAAUACCGUGCCAGUUUGAAGCAGCUUCUUCUCAAAGCCACACCCUCUCUACACACCCUGACUAAAAUGGUGCGCAGAAAUCCCAAGGUGUCGGACGCUGCAGUGGGUCUGGCCGUCGUACAGAUGGAAGUUGGGCUGUGA